GGCGCGUCGGCGUUCGGAGUUGUUGUUGGCAUUGGACGGCUGCGACGAGCUGCCAAUGACGUCGCUCCGGGCCGGCACAGUGUGGGGUAGCGAAGGUUGUUAGGCGGAUCGACAAGUCGAAAAACUGCCGGGAUGAGGGGCUUCGAGGGGCUGCUCUUUUACCUAAAUACCUCCCCCUAAGCCGAGUAGGAGUAGCGGUAGGGGCAGUAGCAGCGAUGCCUAGGUAAGUAGUAAAGGGGGGAGGAAGGGAGAAAAAAGGGGAGGUGUGUCGAUUAGAAAAUGCGGGAGAUGGGAUGCCUCUAGCCAGGCUUAGCCGGUUUUCCUACUACUAACAUCCUUCUCGUCGUAAACCACAGAUCGGAGACAUACUUGCUUCCUUACAACCACCAAGUCAGCUCCCUAUCGGCCAAUUCCAUACGCAAAAUACCUGCCAGCACCGACAGGUCUAUCUAGGUAUUUCCGUCGAGAUACACCUUAUCCGCUUCCCAUCUUCUCGCACGCCCCCACCUCCACAGACGCCAAGAUGGCCUUCGAGACCAGAGCCACCAUCACCACCUUCGGCGGCAAGCUGCUGAAGCUGACCCACCAGUCCGCCGCCACCGGCACCCCGAUGAACGUGAACCUGUACCUGCCGCCGGCCGCGGUGUCGGGCGGCGCCAAGGUGCCGGUGCUGAUCUACCUGUCGGGGCUGACGUGCACGCCGGAGAACUGCUCGGAGAAGGGCUUCUUCCAGGCGGCCGCGGCGCGGCGCGGCAUCGCGGUCGUGUACCCGGAUACGUCGCCGCGGGGGCUCGGCCUGCCAGGCGAGACGGAGAGCUGGGACUUCGGCGCGGGCGCCGGGUUCUACGUCGACGCGACGCGCGAGCCGUGGCGGCCGCACUACCGCAUGGAGACGUACGUGGCGUCGGAGCUGCCGGCGGCGCUGUUCGCCGCCUUCGCCGCCCAGCUCGACGGGUCGCGCGUCAGCAUCACCGGCCACAGCAUGGGCGGCCACGGCGCCCUGACCCUCUACCUCAAGCACCCCGGCCAGUACCGCAGCGUCAGCGCCUUCGCCCCCAUCGCCAACCCCUCCCGCUGCCCCUGGGGCGAGAAGGCCUUCGCCGGUUACCUUGGCGACGACCGCGACGCCUGGAAGCGCCACGACGCCACCGAGCUCGUCAAGGGUUGGCAGGGCGGCGACCUCCGCGCCCUCGUCGACGUCGGCACCGGCGACAACUUCUACAAGCAGGGCCAGCUGCUGCCCGAGAACUUCGAGAAGGCCGUCAAGGAGGCCGGCGUCCAGGGGCUGACCCUGCGUUACCAGCCUGACUACGACCACUCGUACUACUUCAUGUCGACCUUCGCCCAGGACCACGUCGACCACGCCGCCAAGUACCUCUUCGAGUAGGGCGGGGGGCACUUCGAAGC